AUGGCAAAAUACCUUUCAUGCAUGAAAAAGGUGCGAGGCAUGAAUGACGACGAAUGCCGCAACCUGGCAAAAGCAUACCUUUCAUGCAGAAUGGACAGAAACCUGAUGGCCAGGGACGAUUUCAAGAACCUUGGCUUUGCACAAUCUCCACCGCCUUCAACUGAAAAGGCGGCGCCAGAAGCUGAAAAGGGUGUCAGGGAAUAA